UUGAAUAUGGCUUUUGUGACUUUCUUAUCGAGUUCAUCUGUGACUUUAUUAUCAAUCGAAUUAUAUGGAUUAUUAUUGGUGCUGUGAAAAAGUGAUGUGGAAUAUCAGAUAAGGUGAAAUCGGUACAAGAUUGGGAUGGCUAAAUUUUUAAUAUCGCGGUAAUUUUGCUCAUCGCGGGCGGGAAAUCUCAUCUCGCAUACGACAACGGAAUCUGUAACUCAAAAGCACUUUUUAAUAUGGCUAGCAAACUUAUGCAACUCAUCGAAACACGGACGAAACGACCCGUGCUUGACGAAUCAGACUUAAAAGUUAGCUCGCAUUGGAAACUAAUCAAAUCCGCGAUAAAACAAGAACACGGCGAUGACCCGAAGAAACUCGAUGAGAAACAGGCUUUGAAUGUGGGACAUGGUGUUCAUUCGGUGCAAUCUUUGGCGUCUGAAGAAGAAAUCGCCUUUGUGGCUUUCAAUUCUCUUAAUAAUAACUUUGUUGGAAUUGACAGAGAGGGAAACGCUUCGGUAUAUUUGGCAACUGGUUAUACGGAACCCGUCGACUCCAACAUCCUCAAAGGUCCCAUUUGUGGAAUAGUGUAUGCUAAGAAAACUAGAUUCUAUGCUGCCUGGGGACUUGAUGAAAACAUCAGAGUAAGUUAUUUAAUGCUUUACCAGGGGGUCUUUAAUUGCACAUUAUUCAAAAGAUGUACAAUGGAGCCAAGCCUUACGGCACCUGUUCAUAUGACCAUCUUGUAACUAAUGACUACAUUCGUUCAGCCAAACAUCAGAACCAUCCAGUCGUCUCGAUCCUUAUCUCGAAGGCUAAUUUCAAUACAACCACCUCAUUACUACAGUUUUCGUGGUCCUAGAGUGGUUGCAAUAACUCGAGGCCACUCUGUUGACUGUAUUGUCUCCUCUGAUAGGGGCUGCGCACUGCAUGACCACGUCUAUCAGAUGGUAACCGACUUCAGCAAUGCCAUCGCUCAGGGUCAUUGUGCAGUCUGAGAGAUGGCUGCAUUUUAGCCCAAAAAUUCCAUACAGAUGACAUAACUCUGCCCAGAAUCUGGUCAGAAGCUCUGAUUAGUUGGCAAAGUUACAGUCAAAUCCCACUUUACAGACACCCGGUUAAUACUGACAUCUCAUUAUUAUGGACAGUUUGCUUUGUUCCUUGCAAGGGAAAGCCCUCUAAUUUUCUCUAAAUUCAACCCUCUUAAUACAACACUCCAUAAAUACAGACGGACACAUUCUAUGGCCCCCUCAGUGUCUGUAUUAACAGGGCAUGAUUGCAUAAUCUUUCUCCUAUUGUUUCCUUUUGACAGACUGAAGAUGAAAGGUUGUGAAGAUCAAUAUUUUGCAAGGCACUGAAUUUAUUACGAAGCACUCAUUUCCUAGGAAUAUAAUUGUUGCUUUGAAGAAGUAAUUCAGUUUUGCUGUCAUUAAAUUUGCAGCAGAACGAGGAAAAAUAGAAACUUGAAAAAAUCUGCAUCUGCAUGGAACCGCACAAACAGACGAUUAGUUACGUAAUUGCUUUAUACCCAUCAGUAUGGAAUUUUUGGGUAAAAACGAAGACAUACCUCUCAUGAAAUGUCCCCAGUGACAAGGAGCAGUGAGAGGUUGUGGUAUUUGCGGGUAAUCAGUGGGUAACAGAAGUCAUUAUGAACAAGGUGCAUUGCAUGCUAGUUUCGAAGCAUGAAGGGCUUCAAAGAGAAGCAACUGUCUCAUUUCGAACUUGCAUAGACUGCAUCUUUUAACAUCUCUAUCUUAGUUUGUGCAUUCUUUGAAUGGUGUGUCAUUGUUAAUAUUUUUUCUAUAAUUUGCAGUUACUGUCAGAUGGCUUUAAACUUGUCAGCAUGGCAACCUCUCUUAGUAGAAUAUUCAGGUAGGUCCAUGCACUAUAAUAUUAUUUUAUUAUUAUUAUUUUUUUUUUCAAGAAAAAAAAUAGAUGAUCAGUUAAAGUUUUCAAUAUUUUUUAUCUAGUUUAAUUAGCACAAGGUGCAAAUAAUUUAGCGGUUCUAGAAACUGCUAAUGGCUGGUUAAGAGGUAUAUUUGAAUAAUUGCAUAAUUGAGUAAUGUGUUAAUUUAGAGUUUGAUGUAAAUGAAAGCUGAAAUGCAUGUCUAAACAACUGAGUAUGACAAUUUUUACUGUAUCUUUCAUCAGUGGUGUGUAUAAUGAGACAACAAAUGAGAUCAUAACUGGAGGAGUUGGAAACAUCACCGUAAGUCCCUUUUUAAAAUUUUGCUGUUUCUUGUUGGAGCAGUUGUUGGCUUAAUGUACCUGCAUGAUGUUAAUUUAUUUAUCAGAAUGCCAGACAACUAACUCAUCAGUCUUACCUAAUCCUGUUUUUUUUUUUCUUAUUUGAUACUUUUUUAUUUAUUUAUUUAUUUCAGUGCUGGAGCUUUAGAUAUGGGGCAAAGUUUCUACUUCAGCGGAAAGUUUUGUCAGUGAGUGUUUUGAUUAAUUGUAACAUGUGUCUACCAAUCUUAUACCUUUUGACUUCCUCUUCCCUAAGAAAUUUAUUCAUGAGCUAAUUUAUCAAACCUUAGAUAAUAAAAAUAAGCUAACAAAUAUAUUACUAGAAAAUAGUUAGGCUAAGAAAAAUACAACUCAUUCAAAGUGCCUUUUUCUAACUAUAUUAUAAUCCUCAUAAUACAAUCAUGUGAACUUGUUUACAUUCCCUGCCUACAACAUUAAGUGUUUUCAGUUAGAUCAUAUUCCAAAAUCCCUUCUUUGGAGGCUCAGAUACCAGCUGCUGUCUUAAUUAGGAAAAUGAACCCACUUUCCAGCCCAAGAAAAGAACAAGUGAGACCGAACCUGAUGAAAUCUAGCCUGCCAUGUAUUUACAGUUACAGUUAUUAAAGUGCAAUAUUGGUCCUGAACCUUGUUACUGACAUUAAGUUAACAAGAAAAUAUUCUAAUUCUUUUUCUUUUGCUUAUAAUUUUCCAAGGAAUGUUUGCCAGCAACCAGCAUUAUUUCAAUCCUGUGUUUAGAAGACACACCCAGCAGAUCUCAAAGAUGUUUUGCAGUUUAUCACAAUAAUGUGAUCAUUUACAACCUGCUGAAUGGCUCCUGUGAGGGUCACCUUAAGGAGCUGCAUCCCCGAGAAAUAACCACUGCCCUGUUCUUCAAUCCACUGAAGGUGAUGUAUUGCUUGUCAUUUGCUUGCUAAUGUAUACCAGUAAGGCGCUAUAAGAAUACUUCAAAAUUUAUUUGAAAAAGUGCAAAAAGUGCCAUUGGUAGUCUGGAAUGCCAUCCGUCUCCACCCCCUAACCCAUUGGGGCGUGUCCCGCAUCGCCCAGAGGCUAGGGACUGUAGAUGGAAGACAUUUCAGACUUAGCCCAGGUGCUAAUUCCAGCAUUUGCUAAACCCAAGAGUUUGUAAGUCAACAAUUAUUAUUUCACUAGUGCGGGUUGGAUAUGAGUUGGCUAUAAUCAUCUCAUAUGAAUCCAACAAGCGCGAGUAAAAUAACUGUUUUAUUAAAAAUGCCCACAAAAUAUCAAGAAUUCUUCCUGACUUUAUAUGUAAAAACAACCGAUUUUCAGCUUGUUUUUAAUUUUGAGCAGAUGCAUACAGUGACCAUUUUUGGUGAGCAUAGUAUAAUGGCUCAUAAACUAAGAUGGCUAAGCCAGUUAGAGAUCCAGAAUUGCAUUAUCCAAUGAUUCAGUGUUUGACAAUCACGCUUAUUUACCUUCUCUUUUAGUACCUUGUAACCGGGGCAAAGGAUGGGUCGAUAAAAGUCUGGGAUGACAAAGGGAACAUCAAAAUCAUCUUUGUCGGACAUUUAAAGUCAGUUAACACUCUAGCAGUUUAUCCGUUUGGUACGUACAUCAUGUCAGGAUCAAGCGACUGUACCAUCAGAAUCUGGAGUUUGGAUACUGCUGAUGAAGUGGAUCGCAUAAGCACCAAGGAACACGUCUUUGGAUUGGGAACAAUUAUAGGAAAAAAUGACUUGUAUUCGUUUGGAAGUAAAUCGAUUGAGUUGUGGAGAAUUGAGCAUAUUCAUAGCGUCUUUGCUGCCAUUGGGUAAGUAGGUGAUGGUCAUUUUUUGUAGGAAGCAGGUAUAAAUAACACGACAAUACAAAUAGUAAAGGAGUGUUUUUUGUUUUUCAUUUUUGAACUUGAACAUGAAUUUUUUACAGUAUCAGGCCUAAAAAUAAUGAUGCAAAUGCCACUGUCUUAUGACUAUAACUUCCAUUUCCUCUGUAGGAGUAAAGUAAAAUCCAUCAAAACUACAACACAUCCAAGAGUAAGUACAUGAAUAAAAGUGUUUCUUCAUCAAUAAACCUUUACUCCAAUUCUCUGCCGCCCUCCCAUCCCUGACAAUUAAUGGGCUUCCUCACUAGCUUCGCAAGGGUCUGCGAUACACGUAUUUUUAGUAAAGGUUUUAAUCAAGGAAAAACCAGUUCCACAGACUCUUAAACUAAGUUUGCGCGUUUGCUUAAACUAAGUCUCAAGCUCCAAAUAGGAGCAUACACUGUAUAUGUAGCACUGUGGAUAUGGAAACGUGGCAUGGUCGCAAUGGGAAUGUGACACGGUAGUUAGGGGAACGUGGUACCCAUAAGUUUUGAAACUCACUCUCACUCACUAACUUAACCUGUUCAUCCCUGCUGGGCUGCAAUCAAACAACGCCGCCACUCAACCCUAUCCCGAGCUUUGGCUUGCACUUCGCCCCAUAUUGUACCCAACGCUGGACUUUGUCAAAGCCCGUUUCCGGUUUCUGUUAGAGACAUGUAGGGGGAUCGCUCCCUUUCCCCCACCUCGCGAACGUCCUUCACUCCUUCGGCGCUGACGCAGUCAACUUGUGGCAACUCUAAACCCAACUCCUCCAGCUCUUUCAUUACUAUUCUCCACCAGGUGGUUUUUGGCUGACCUCUCCUCCUCUUCCCAGUCCAUAUCAAAUGCAACUAUGGGUAUCCUGCCACCGGGUUUUUUGAAACAGUGUUGUUUUUCUUUUUCGGUUGAGUGAAAAUCAUUAAAUAGAGGGGAGUAGCUGUUACGUCACGUUGCCAUCGUAGAAGAACUUCUAGAUCUCAACAAACCGUAGUCCUACAAAUAUGGUAGGAAGGGUUAGGGUUAAACGAAAAAAACUGGCCUGUAUGACUUUCCUGUGCAUGACUGCGCUCAGGAACAAAACGGUAGCCCAUACAUCGUUGGACAAGGUAAAUGGCCGUCUCUGUCAAGAAAGAUUGUUGAGAUCCAGAAAUUUUGCUACCAUGGUAACAUGCAGGGCUGUCAAAAAGUUUUUUAGUAGCAGGCUGAUAAUGAAUAGUAGGCGGCUUUGGAACUCAAACCAAAGGCACAAGUUCUUGAGGGCCGAGGCAUCUUGGGACAUUUCGUUGCCGUCGAAAUGUCCCAGGCGUUCCACGACAUCGUACGGUUCGAACGUUUCACAGGUCUAAACCUGUUUAAAAACGCGUUAAAUGUCAUUCAAAACUGGGAAACGAAUUCUUUACAAUUUUAUUCGACGGUGCUUAAUUUUUGUUAGCAGUUAGAAAAGUGGUGGUAGAAGGAGAUGAAAGGAUGGCUAACUAGCCGGCGGUUUUGGUUGGCUACCGGCCCUUACUGACAACUGUGAACAUGACGUCACACUUCUCCUCUCUAUUGAAUACAACAGUAGCAGUAAUUUGUGUUAACAAUGUUAUAUGUUUGUUACUAUUGUUAGAUGCCUUUGAGACUGGUGUGCACUUGCAGUGACGCAACAGUUCGCCUAUUGUCCCCAGGCUCCGGGGAGUGCAUCACGACCAUGCUGUUACCCAGUAUGAGUAUAAUUGCUGACGUGGCUUAUGCUGCAGCUGAAAGUAUGUUCCCAGUUAUUCUUUUUCAAAGGCACGAUUAUAACAAGAUUGUUAUUUUAAACUCCUCUUUUGAAAUAGGGCGAGUUUUCCCGCAUGCACUCUCAAAUGCUUGCGAACAAGAAAUGAUUGGUUUUCUCUGCACUCCCUCGUUGUUAUAGAGUGAUGCGACUUACUGUGUAAUACUGUAUAAACCAAAGUAACUACUUUUGUGAUAGAAACUACUGAUCUAUUAUUUAAGUUGAAAGUCGUUUUGUACAUCUCUUUCAUGAUCAAUUCCUUUUAAGUGUUAUCUUAUGCGAGUGUAAAAAGGACAUGCACUGUUGCCCUUUUAUCCGCGACAUUACAUUACAUUACGUUACGUCACGUUACAUUACUUUACGUUACGUUCCAUCACAUAUCACUGGGAACAUCAUUUUAAGUUUUUGGUUCCAUAAUUGGCAUAAUGCAGAACUUUUUCUUACUGUGCCUUCUUAAUUUUGUUUGUAGAUUUGCUGUUUACUUUGCUCUCAGAUGGUAGGAUCUUGAAGGCCUCAACGCUAACAAAUCCAUGUAAACUACUCCAGGAAUGGGACAUGAAAACCAACCCAGAUGGUAAGAGUCGUUUAUCUUUUACUAAAAGUCCAAGGUUUCUUUCUCUAACAGAACCAUUUGUAAGAGUUAGCUAUGUUUUUAGGAGAGUCAAACUUUUUAUCUUGCGGUCGCGUCUUGUAGUACACCUCACAAGCACAGGCUAGAGAGGCUCUCUCAUGAUCAACUUGUUAGUCCUUCUUUGGUCGAAAGAGGUUUUCAUUCUUGUUGGAACAUACCUUAUCUAUACUCAGUUUUCGACCCAUUAGACUAAACGCGCGAAAAUAUUCGAGACGGAAGAAAAAAAGAAAGACUGUCGUAGUCCUAACCGUUUAUGCUCCGCAUUUUGUUCUUGAUGUAUUUUUUGGUUGUCGUUGGUCAAAUUUACGUUGCUAUAGACUUAAGCCUUGUUUACGCCUUUCCUAAUGACAACGCCCAAGCUCAGGUAAUACAAGCGGAAAAUGUCGCAGUAGCCUGCUAAACAUUAAUUUUUUUCCCUGUUGAAGCAAAAUGCGAAUGUUGCUUAAAUGAACUAAAUAAUUAGCACUAUAUACCCGCAAUCAACUAGGAAAAAACGCCAAUCUUUUGUGGAAAGAAAACUAAGCAUGUUUCUAUUUCAUGUUACAGUUCCAAGUCCGUGCAGCUGUCUUUGCCUUUAUGAAUAUGUGGUUGAGGUAAGAAACUUAACAAAAAGAAAGUUUUGGAAUCACAUAUACGUUAACUACAAUUGGGACAAAGGUCAGUUUACAGCAUCUGACCAAGAUUUCCCUUUUUUGAGAAAGGUUUGAACCCAGGAGCUCAUUUCGUAAGUAGGUUGAGUAUGAUCGCCUGGGUGAACGUAGUCCUGAAUAGGACUGUUGUUGACAAUGACUGACGUUUCGACAACCUGUGCGGUAGUCAUCUUUAGAGUCAAAGUGAUUUGUUUACGUCAGUUGAUGGUAUUAAACUCUGGUUAUUGAUCUGAUUGGUCAACUAAGCCGCGAUGUUAUUGGCUAUGAAGACUCGAAAUGUCAUUGGUGCGUUUCGAUCCGUCUAUUGUCGCAGUUUAACAGUCGUUUAUUAGUCAAAUUGUCAGUUGUCCAGUCAUUCUCUCGUAGUUAGUUUUGCAUGAGUCCGUCAAUAAGUCGUUUGUACGGUGCCGGUAACUGUUGACUACGGAUCAGUGGCGUCUUUGUUCUAAGUUAGUAAACCAGCUUUCUAAAGUGAGUCGUUGAUAGUAGGAGGAUAAUACAUGUCACAGAGUACCAGUCGUUUUAUGUUAAUCAUAUCUACACCAAGCCCCUCCCCCACCCCCUGGCAGUUUCUUAGUGCCAUUUCUUGAACUCCAGACAAAAGCUCAAUUUGUCGUGGAAAUCUACCAAAAUGCUUUGGCAGUGACGAACAGUAACAGCACUGCCCUACGACAGAAGCCCAGAAAAGUGCUUAGUGGUGUGUUGAUUUAGAGUAAUGUUCAAUAAAACGUCCAACACAUUUUUUUUAGAUGAACUUGAGGGGAUUCAUGGGGAGAUUUAGUGACCAUCCUCAAAUCGAAGAAAAGAGCCGAAGAGCUUGAGAGCAAAGGCCAAGCAAACGCUUACGACCGAACUCUGUUGCUUGGUGGCUGUCUUGAUGGAACGAUCGUCCUGUUUGAGUGGCAGAAUGAUAGUGCACCAGGCAAAGUCUCCUUUAAAGUAGAGGUAAGACGUAAUGGAUAUGUUCAGCGGACAUAAAGUAAAAUAAAACACAAGCGGCGUGGCCGAGUGGUCAGCGCGUCGGACUUUCAUUCUGGCUGUUCCUGGUUCAAGUCCCGCUCUGGCCACUUGCUGGAUUUGUUCUCUGUCGUCACGAGUUCAAAUCCUCGGCCACGCUUGUAAAUAGCCAGCUGGUGGCUGCCUCCUGCCAGUUGGGGUUUUUAAUCCUGUUAUGUUGUAUUUGAAUUAUUUGUUUCUAAGUAUUUGAGUGGAGUGCCUGUAAACUAGCUGGAUAAGCUAAGUGCACUUUCCACUAUAAACAAGCCUUUUUUUAAACCUUUAAACAAACAAGUAAACAACAAAGAAAAGACAAAACGUAACCCUUAGCCAAACAGAUCAGUUUUGGAAGUAGUGUAGUGUGAAAUAGAUAGCUUUAGGAUAGUUAUUAUGAUAACCAAAUGAAAGCCAACUACAAAACCCUGAGAGGCGUUUUCCUUUUCUUGCGUUGGCCCUUCCCCUUAUCCCGCUACGGUGAGCGCAUGAUACGAGGUCAUAAUUUCAUACAAAUUACUGUAUUCUGUGAUCUCAAGCUUUGAUUAGGUGCCCUUCCAGGAAUGCGGAAAUGAACAACGGUCCAUCGGGAUUUAUAGUAACUGCUGCCUGUUGCUUUUGUUCUUAUCGAUUCUUAGCUUUUAUAGUUUUCAUAUGAUGAAUUAUUGUACAUUUUUAGUUUUUAAUUUUUAGAAUAAAUUUUUUUUAAUUCAUAAAUUUUAGCAUAUAUUAGGGCCGUGGAUUACCUGUAAACUAGCUGCUAAAGCUAAGCAUAGACUCCACGUCAAAUGAAGUGUCGUAUGACUAUCUGCCAGGAUAGGUUCUUGCCUCUAACUCCCGCGUGAGAAUAAAUCACUGAUAUAUUGCUCAAAAAUUUGAGGGUCUCAACGACCGCCAUUUCACAGCAAGAAAUUACAAUGAAAUCAUUGUUGAUUUCUUAGAUUUCGAGAUCAAUUUUCUCUUCCUCGUGCAAUGCAAAGAAUAUCAUCACAGUUAAUGAUCAUGCUCAGUAGUUAACACAGCUUGUUGUUAUUUUUAGGCUCACAGAGAUGAGGUGAUUACUAUGGUAGCAAAUCCAGCUGUAGACCAAGUCAUAUCAGCUGGCCUAGGUGAGUCUAGGGUUUUUUUUUUUAAUUACAUGUGUCCGCUGGGCCGAUACAGUUUUCUAAACUAUAGGUUCCUUAUUCGCUUUUAUUUGCCCAAUAUAAGAGAAACAAGAACGUGAGCAGCAAUUUUAUUGACCUCGAGUUCGUCUUGGUCCAUGAAAGCGCGACAAAAGAACUUGGUCAAUAUCCAGCCAUUCUGACCUCACGCUUGGUCAAAAACGCAUAUUUAUUAUAUGGCUACAGUAGUACGCGCGCUCUGAUUGGCUGUUUUCUUGUAAUGACCGGACAAUACUAGCUAGAUGUCCAUGGACAUCCUUCUGGACAUUCUUGUUAUGGUCAAUUGACAGCUGUCAAAAAGAGUAUCCGCUAACCAGUGUCACAUGACCGUAUCGCUGGCGCAUACAGUAUAUAUAUAUAGUGCACGCGCAAGAGUGUUCUUUACCUAUCCGCGGCGCCCUAUUCUUUACAGUAUCUACUACUUAUUAACCGAGACUGAGGUCAUUAUAGGCAAAUCUCAGAGCUCGGCCUUGAUUUAUUGAGAUUUCCCUGUAAUGACCUCAGUCUCGGUUAAUAAGUAGUAUAUACUGUAAAGAAUAGGGCGCCGCGGAUAGGUAAAGAACGCUCUUGCGCGUGCACUAUAUAUAUACUGUAUGCGCGCACUCUGCCCGUUUGUUUGCGUCAUCCACUUAAUCCAUCGCCGGCUUCAUCGCCAGUUUUACCAUGAUUUUACUGAACUUUGGCACACUAGUCUGCACAGAAAAGUCGUAUCUGUUUUCAAUUUCUAGGGUUACCAUGCCAAACCGUAGUUCUCGUGAUGCAAGGACUUUUUCUUUAGCAAAAACUAAGGGUAGUUUUUUUGUUGCAGAUCAUGCGAUCAAGAUUUGGCGCCUUUUCCCGUUUGCUGAGGAGGCCCUGGCACCUCUGAUGACCUUGUACUGCCAUGAAACCCCUCGACGUCUGACCGUAGCGCACCACAAACUUUGCGCAGCAUUCCACGAACCUGCUACUGCUUCGUAUAAUAUCGUGGUGUUCAAAACUACUCAAAAGAGUAAGUGCUUUAUACAAAUACGUAUCAUAAUAUUUCUAGGCACCUCAAUCGCGGUCAAACGUUUGAAUCAUUUCUCUACUUACUCAGCGGCAAUUUAACAACAGCGAAGCAAAACACUUUGGACGUCUGGCCGCAAAAUGAUGAUAGUGAUGAUGAUGAUGAUGAUGAUGAUGACGAUGAUGAUGAUGAUGACGAUGAUGAUGAUAAUGAUACUGAUGAUAUUGAAUAGAAAACAAACAAACAGUCAAACAAAAAAGAGAAAGUUAAACAAACUAAACAAAAAUGAUCAAAAGGGAAAAAACAAAAGUAAGAGGGAUACAAAGUAAAAGAUAAUGAUUAUUUCUAAAAACAUUAUGGCCUUUAAUUCCUUUCUGCAAAUUUUAAGAAUCAUUACAAUUUACGGGUAACUUUUAGUGUAAUCGGAUCUCAUUCUCAUUCCUAAACACGUUUGUAAAUCAAAAGAGCGACGUGGCUUUCUUUCACCAAAUUAACAUGCUGCAUGUGUCAAUUUCCCUUCAGAGCGGUUUGAUCAUGAUAGUGAUUUGGACCAUAUGGAUGACGUCACGGGACUUGCCAGCUGCCCUAAGAUGAGGCUGUUUGCGUCAUGCAGCGCUGACGGCUCCGUGAGGAUCUGGGAUGAGUCCAACAAACUUCUGCGCGUUAUAAAGUUGAAUGCCACUCCCAACAGCAUCAGCUUUUGCAGUCAGAAGGGAGAUCUUAUAGUAGGCAUUGGCAAACAUCUACAUAAGAUUAACUAUGCCACUUGUAAGUACAGUCGAACCUCCAUGUGCGACCACCUCUCGUAAGUGACCUCCCUUCAACUGCACGUGCAUCACGCUUUUUUGCACAUUUCUUAGCCGUCGUUGCACGACUGCGACAUGAAACUUCCUAAUUUCACACGUCCGCUUUAUGGAGUAGGUGAACACAACACAAAAAUGUUAUCUUUCUUUUUCUAAACUUAGGUAUGGUCCUUUCGGAUUCAACCCCAGAAAAUGUCGCCAACAUUUGACAAAUUAAAUGAAAUUGAAUAAGAUCGAUGAAGCUUGAAAAAGUCCGAAUUCACAUUUUAAGUGACGUUUUCGGUUUGUUGUCAUCCAGAAAUUUUUUCUACCAUGGUAACAUGACGUAACAACCUCUCCUCUCUGUAAGCCCCGAUACCUAAACCUCCAUCACGGUUGCAAUUUUCUUUGUUGUCUUUUUAAAAUUCGACUUACAUUUGCCUUCACUCCCUUCCUUGUAGACAUUCCCCAAUCGUAUAUUUACCGAAUGGUAGCGAUGGAUUUCCGACGGAUCGCCUCCGAAGGACCAAUCGAGAUCGACUCGGACAUCAAAGCUGGUCUAACAUCCGAGGAAUGUCAGCGUCUGAACCGAGUCAAGUCGUCCUUGCACAAAUACAGCCGCUUCAAAGACAGGCUACCACAGGAUGAAAUGGACGAAAAAAUUCAGGAGGAAGAAAGGAGAAGCCAGGUUAGGCACCACACGUGUUUGCUAACGGUAAAAAAAAAUGAUAAAUGAUGAAUACGUAACUAUUCCCUUCCCGUAUGGGACUUUUCAGGGAUAAUGAAAUAAAAUCAAUUUGAAUUUUAAAAUAUGCUUUGUCAUAAUAAUUAAUAUUAACUGGUAGGAGGCUAGCCAAUUUAUUCAUUACAGUACAAGAUAUAACUAAAUGUAACGAGAAUAAUGUGCAGCGGUCAGGCUCCGGAUUAAAUGAACCAGUUGGUUUUCUUGUCAUCCACACUGAACAAAAAACAAAAAGACAAACAAAAGGAAGAACUUCAUUUAUAUGAACUAUGUUGCUUCAUCAACGUUGAAUCUAAUUUAUUCAAUUGGUUAAUAGUUCUUAUUUUACUUUAUAGCAUGAGAAAAGAUUUUUGACCUGCAAUUUGAUUUGGCCAUUGAGCAAUUUUAGCAUCGAUGGCGGGAAUUUCCACCAUAACGACAUAUGCAAUCCAAAAAUAAACAAAAAACAAAUAAAUUUGAAUGGAAAAUACAAGGUUAAGAAUCCCAACUGGUAGGAGGCGAACUUUACAAUCGCGGCCAUAUUUGAACUCAGGACUAAGAACAAAUCCAGCUAGCGGUCAGAUACGUUGAAAUGGUCCCCGGAAUUCCAGCGCUCACCGCUCAUCCAACUGCCCGAAAAAUUAAACAAAUAGACAAACAAAACACGCGCAUCACAGACUUUGGCUUAUCACGGUCAAUUGACAAUUAGAAACCUAAUCAACUGAAUCACGCCACUUUAUGGAUGUUGCGGAAGCUAUCGUUUGUUAACUGUAGGGAGUUUAAGCGGGAACGUUUUUGAGCGACGCGUGUUAACCGGAAGUGAGCCUUUUUCUGUUUUAAUAUCCCUUGACGUUACCAAAUUAGUGUUGCUAAGUGCCCUUACUCUUCAAGAGACGAUUUGUCCAAACAUUUGUUCAAAAUCACGGCCGAAGAGUGCAAAAAAUCCACUUCCGGUAGACGUACGUCGCUCGAAAACGCCGCUGCUGUGGUGUAGGUAUUGUUCAGUCUCUUCUCAAUCUUUUGUAUCACGUGAUCUGGUGAUUGUAGCCAUCCCCGACGCUAAGAAACCACCCACUUUGUAGCAAUCUGAUUCAGGAUGGACGUCUUCACUAAACGGAACACAUCUGAUUGUUAUCAUCUUUUUCCUCCCUAGGCGUUUUCCAAAAUCCAAGAACGCGAGAGCGAAUUGCGCAAACUUCGCGAUGGAACCUACGAAUUUAGCCGGAAACGACAAAACAUCGACCUAGACACAGUCCGCGGAGAAGCGUUCGACAGAUACUUGGAAAUCUUCUACAAACGACCUUGUAUCGAUCUUCCAGACGACGAUUUAGAGGACGAAAAUGGUUAUGAAGAGGAAGAAGAGCCAUACGCUCCCGACAGAGGCAACGGAUUUUUUUCAAUAAGCAGACAGUCGACAAGAUCCAAGAAGGGGGAGGCUUCUUCAGAAAAAUCCGCUCCGAAAGCGCCGAUCAUGAGUCUGUCCAUGUCUGAGUUCGAGCCCAUACAAUUAAAAGACGAUGCCAGGGACUCACCUGUGUUGCCCACAAGCAAAGAGCAGGAUGAAUUGUCAAGGUAAGCCCAUUGGUUUGUUGUUUCAGUUAUCGGCGGUACAUUCAGCAAUGGAAACGAAGCGAAAGGGCUUUUUACAAUAACUGAGUGAUUUCUCACUCGCUUAUUUGUCGAACUGUCGACAGAGGUGACGUUAACGAAACGAUUCGCAACCACGGUUUUUAGCCGAACACAGCGUUGCAACAUUGUUGCGACAUUGUUUCGAAUAGUUACAACAUUUUUCCAACAUUGAAAAGCUGUAGAAAAAAAAAGUGUUAAUGAUAUAUGAAAUAAAUCAUAUAUGAACUGCGGAAAUGAAAUGGAAAUGAAGAAAUGAUCGUCGCAGUGAACGCAAUUUAUUCAAUUGCGUAAAGAAGCCUGAAAGAAAUUGAAAAGCUGUGUUGCGCUAAAAAUCAAGGUUGCGAAUUGUCUCUUGUAAGAGUGCAGACCAUGGAAAUGGCAUGAUGGUGGCUCAAUUUUUUUGUCUUUGUCGCGCGCGCGAUUUUCCAAGAAACGUCAAUGGUAAUGGACUUUAAAAGCUGUCACUGUUAUUGUAAAAACAAAUCGACAACAAUCAAUUUUCCAUGGUCUGCACUCUCACCGACUAUAGAAAUGACGUCAUAAUGUUUACAACGGUGCAGUGAAACCACUCGCUUGCGGUUGGUGGUUUCACUUGAGUUUUGAACAUUUCGUCAUCGACGUCAUUUCUAUGGUCGAAAAGAUUUCAGACCACUAAAAAUUGUUGUCGAUUUAGUUAAUUCUUCAUUUAUACCGUUCGUAAGCUGUUUUGAAUAAAAGAAUGUUUGACUUCAGAAUCAAUUGUAACACCAGCUAUUCAAUAUUGAAUGUUGUGAUAUCGCUUCGAAAGUGGUUACUCUGUCCAAUCACAGCCGGUCAGGUCAGUCCAGUUAAAACAAUGAGAACUAGACGGAAGUAGGCGUAGCCUGCGUAAAAGGCGGGAAAACUCAAAGAACGAGUCCCGACCGGUUUUGGCAUUACUUCUGAUUUGUUGACAAAAAGGCGCGAGAUUUCUUAACCAAUCAAAGAGAACCGAAAUGCAAAACCAAAGCAAUCACUUAGUCUUUUGGUAAAGUACCAACACUGACCAGCUUCAAAUUUCUCCUAACAGUUUUACUUAUGUGGUGUGACAAAUUAGGUAAUAGGAUUAUGGGGAAUUGGUUUAGAGUCUGAGAACAAUAGCUAUUCAUACAAUGAUGUGAAUGCUACGCUGUGAUUGGUCGAUGCCCAUAUAAGAGUACAGAUACAUGGAUGACGUCAGGGGAAACUUGUUUUCUUUGUUUUGUUCAACAUGGUGCGUGGCUUUGAAAAUGUUUGUGAGAUUAUUUUGCAUUAAGCAAGUGAAAGCCUAGAAAAAAGGUUUAGCGGGAGCUAUUCAAAUAGUGAUUCAAAUGUGGUAAAAACAUCAGUGACACACUUGCCGGCUUCUUUGUUUUUGUCACAUUUUGCGCGUCAUCUGUGAUCUAUUACUGAACAGACGCACGGUAACAUGGAAUCUAUUUGUUAAAUACACUUGUAAAAGUCUUAUUAAAUUGACCCCAGCUCCAUUCAACCACUUUAGAAACGAGAAGGAAACUGGGCCGAGAUAACGUUUGCGAAGACUCAAGUACUCUGGCAGUGAAAGGGUUAAGCUCCCUAAUGGAUCAAACGUUGAUGAGAUGCGUGAGCAAACAAUCUAGGCACAUACAAAAUACUUCAAUCCUGAAUAUAAGUAACUUUGGAAGGGUAAAUUACUAACAGCGACUUAUGGCUCAUUCUUCACAGAUCUGAACGCCCUUUUACCUUAGACACAGAGAGUGAGAUUUUUUCUCACGAGGAAACAAGUUCCAGGAUAUCCCACUCGGCGCCUUCUCACAGACAGGACUUCCGACGUCAUCCGAUAGAACCACCACUGGUGAAUCGGGACCGCGAUCGAUACGUGGUCGACGUGCCGAAGUCUGAUCGGUACCCGUCACCGAGUCAAUCUCGCCAGCUUGUAUCGCAAAGACUCUCGCGACUGGCCUCUUCAGCUGAUGACGGAGACGAGGACACGUUCGUAAUUGCGCCCGAUGGUUUUAUUCCGAACUCUGUGGUUGUCGCUAUGUUUAAGGAUUUACGGGAAGAAGGCACGGAAGAAACAGAUACCUGGAAACCACCUCAGCUCACAGCAGAACAAUUAGCUGAACUGGAAAGCAGAAAGAAGGUAAAUACGGGAGAGAAAUUUUCACUGCUUCUAGACGAACCUUUAAGCUAGUUCCGCGAUUGCAACGGCCACCGAAAGUUAGAAGCAUUUGCUGUAUGAGAAAAACAACUUUUGCCAUCCAGUCACGCUUGCAUGGUCGUCCAUACAAAUCCUUGUAAAUUUCGAAAUUUUCAAACUGUCAUGAAAUAUUUCCUCAAGCAUUACGGGACUCAAAUCUCCUUUUAAUUCGCAACAGGCAAUUUGAGCCCUUAACUGCGUAAGGGAAAAAUUUAACGACAGUUUAAAAAUUUUAGAGUUUAAGAUUUAAUGUGUCAUGAACGAAAAUCUUCAGUACGUUUGCUUGAAUUUUUUUUCUCUUUUUCUUUGUGUAUAGAAACUUCCAAAAUCUCCAGAGAGUCCAAAAGAAAAGCGGAGCAGGACAAAAUCGAAGUUCGCUGAUCAACUUCAGCUUGCUUUACGAGAUAUACCAUCACCAGAACCUUUGGAUGAUAGCGAACUGCUGAGGUCUCCCACUCCAACACCGCCUCCUUCCCCUCCCCCCGCGAAAGAACCAUCUCCCCCGAGGACCCCAUCCGCUAAAAAGGAAAUCAAACCACUUAAGCCGAUUGAGAAAUUAGUGACGCGCCCAAAGCCUCCAACACCACAACCGUAAGUACAACUGUAAUCGGAGUAAUCCUUUGAUUCAAUGGAAAGUUUCAACAAGGUAGACUGUUCACAGUCCCCUAUUUUCUGUGAGAUCGUCGAGAUCGAGCGCUUUGCGUUGCGGGUAGCCAUCUUGGAUGAGUGUCUGUACUACUUAGGGGCGGGAGGCGGUUUGCGAAGAAGCGCUUUAAACCCCGACGCCGUCCCCUGGGUGCAUAUGAAACCAAGAUGGCCGUCCGUACCGCUAAGUGCUCGAUCCUGACGAUUUUACAAAAAAACAGGAUACUGUGAACGGUCUAUCAACAAUGUAAAGGUUAAAAUUUUAAUCUGCAAGAUAACAAAAUGCCAAAUAAAAGAUAACCGGAAUAAGUUACUGUUUAACAACUUUCAUAUGAUUGCAUGGUCACAGCGUAGGAUUUUAUUCACAGGCCCAAGAACGUGGUCGAUCUAGUACCCCAUAACGAGCAAUACAGCUUUAGAUCUUUUGUUUGCACAAUGGCAAUACUUGAUUUUCCCUAAGAGAAACUUCUAGUCAAGUGGAAAGUUAGAGCUUUGUCAGGGCUCGAAAAAAAGCUUGAAUUCCAGCUUGUCCUUUUGGCGAGCUGCUCUCAUAUUUUGCUUGCCCAGGCCAUUUCUCGCUCAUCUUAGUUGAUGAUUUAGUAAGAAGAUGAUUUGCCUGGACCUUUGCCCAGGAAACAAAUCUGCCUGUCCCGCACUACCGGCCGAGACUUUAUUUAAGCCCUGUUUGCAGGUAGUUUGUUGCUGCUGUUUAAAAGUUUUCCAAACUAUGCGUAAUCCUGUUUUAACGUAAUAUGUCUACUUAAGUUUAAGAAAUAAAAAGGCAGUUAAUAAUUUAAAUGUUUAAAACUAAAUGAAGGAAGACUAAUUAACUUCAAGCAAACAUAUUGAAGAUUUUAGUUCAUCACGCAUUAAAUCCUAAACGUUUUGUUUAACAAAAAUGUACGCUUAUUGUUUGAGGAGUUUGAAUUAAUAAAUGUCUAAACCAUAAACUGUAAUUUUUGUUAAAGAACACAGCUGUCCAGCGUAAAUGUAAAACAAAAUGGUUGGUUUUCACCUCCCAUUCAUUCAAACAACUCGGAACUGGACAAACAAAGCCCGCAUAAUCAUCAUGACCACCAUUGUCCGGUGUUGCCUCUCCAAGAAGAGAAUUUGGAUGCUAGGCCACAGUCGCCCUCGUCGCUGGCCAUUAAGUUAAUCUCUGUUGAAAAUGAGGUCGUCAAUCCAGAUGAACUUACGCUUAAGGAAAGGUAAACUGAAUAUUAAGCCGGACCAAUUUAAGAGGAUUUCAAUGGGGUUUACCGUCAGCCGUCAAACGGCCUUAAAUUCAACCGUCAACCGUCAAAAAAGGUAAUUUUUUGCCGCCGACCGUUAAAAGUGGAGGUUAAUAUUAACCGUAAAAAAGUGUCAAGGUAUUUCAAAUCUCACUGUUUCAGCUAAUCUUCAUAGAAUCUCUUAACUGGACAAACCAGUUCCCGUGUUCGCAGAAACACUCUCUCUAGCUAUUUUAAAACCUUACAACUUGCUUAUAUCUGAAAAUAUUUCGAAAUUUUAUAAGUGAAAGGCCAAGACUAGACAACCCCGGGAACACAACAGUUAACAUUAAUUUAUACAGUAGCUAAUAGUUACCUUAAACUCUUGGAAUAAAUUUUCACUUCAUAAUCGUCAACCGUCAAAGCAACAACCCCAUUGAGACCCUCAAUCAAUUUAAUCUAGGGAUAAGUAAAUCUUGCCUUUUAUGUCUUUAAUGACGCGGGCAUUGUCAGCUACUUUAAAUAACACUCACACUGAAGAACUAAAUUCAUACCUAAUAUCAACAUCUAAUCAUAGUUGUUCGUUAUAUAUUAGCGUAGGUAAAGCUUCAGCAAUUUUAAUUUCGAUAAAAUACCAGCAAUAACCCGCCGUGUGCCAGUGUUUUAGCUAACGUUAUGUUUUAAAUCAAACAUUUUCACCCUCGUGGCAUCGAAAAAUAUUGUAAAUGAGGUUCUCUACAUGUACAGUAAUUUUCUAGUAGAGAGAAAGUUUGUCCAGUGCAAUAAAUUUUUCCAAGUUCAACCGGUGUCUUAGCAAUGACUAACUGUCGUUUUUUCGUUCAAUUUUUCAGGACACCCCCUCCUCCAAAGGAACCAACUCCAACCCCUCCACCUCCCCCUCCCACUCCAUUACCCUCCUUCAUAACUCAGUUCAAAGGAACUCUGUGGUUUGAAAACUUUUUUCCUGAUGGCAACUCUGAUGUAAGUAUUUAGCUUCAUUUGGCGAAGAGUUUAACUUGCAGUGUUUGCUUAGAAUGCUUGGAAAUACCUAGCUCUCCUGUAUUUAUCGUUAUUUGGCGAAGAGUUGAACUUGAACUGUUUGCUCAGAAUGCUAUGAAGUGCGUAACCCAAUUUACUGUCGAUGUUAGAAGGGAGUCUCAACUUUAUUUUAUUUUUUUUUUUAAUACAACCCUUCCUAGUCCAGUACGCAGCCAUUUUUUUUGUCGUCACACAACGCUCCUUUUGCGAUCCUAUCUUUGGGAGGAGCGUUGCGUGACGACACACAAAAUGGCUAAGUAGGAGACUAACCUUUCCAGUUUGUAACUUAGAUUUGUUCAGCAUGAUUUCAGGUUGGCUGAUAUCUAAACUAAGAACUAGAAAGCAUUAACAAAAAAUAGCAUUAUUAGAAAGAAUAGCACUUGACACCUUCAAGAACUGAUAAACCUGUGGCCGUCUUUCCAGAUCAAAUUGGGAUUUGGAAUGUUGGUCGACCUCCAACCUGUUUUUCACUUGCAGUUUUUCUUGAAUUUUAUUAGUCUACUUAGGGAAAUCGGCAGCGGCAGUUUUCACACUAGAGACGGAUUAUCCCAUUCCGUCUGAGAUUGGUUAUCUGUUGGAUAAUUCGCGUCAGACAGAUAUACUUCUUCAUUUGAAAAUGGAACGGUUUUAAUUUUAGAUAAACAAUCCGCGUGUCUUUAUCCAUCUGCUUAUCCGUCAAUUUUGACGGACUUUGCAGAUGGAUUAUUCGUCUCUAGUGUGAGAACAGCCAGUCAUAGGUAAACCAAUGGUGCCUGUUUCAAUGGUCUCGCGAUGUGGCUGAAGUUUAAACAGCUUUGACUUUUCAUUUGCAGUCCUUCCCGAAGACAGUAGACAGCUUUGUAGAACUACUACUGAGUCUGAUUCAGAAGACACCUGACCACGAAAUGAAGACACAGAUCUGUGCCGUAUGUUUUAUAUACGAAAAUAUUUGUUAAACUCAUUUGUAAUUCAUGAGGAGAACACAAAAGAAAUCUCCGUGGUUAAAAAAAACUGUAGACAGUAGAUGCUGAUUACCAUAAAAUUUUGUUAAUAGUAGUUUUGACUUUCUUUCAGAAUCAUUAAUCAUCCGAUAUUUGCUAUUUGCACAUCUACCAUAAUACACUUUGUUUGCCCUCAAAAAUUUUGCACAACCAUUGUCUUUGAUUUCUCUUGGGGCGACUGUAAUACCCAGGAGAAAUUGGAAACGAUGGUUAUUCAAACGAUGGUUAUUAUGGUAGAUGUGCAAAUGGCGAAUACAGUCACCAUGAAGUUGAGGCGAGAACCUCGUUUAACGAUUUUAGCGAGUGACCAACAUCAAUUUGCUCCUGACAGUAUUAAUGCAUCAUCAAGAGAAAAAGUUUAUGAGAAUUAAUAACCUAAGAAAAAAUACUUCGAUCUUUUAUCAAAUUCUCUCAACUAAUUCUUCAAGGACAUGUAUGAGAUCAGUCUGGCGAAUUUGUAUGCGGAUAUUCGGGCUAAAGAGUUUAUCAAGCCACUUCUUGGUGUAUGAAUAUGAGACGAAACUUUGUAUCUCCUGUGCAUAAAUUACUUAUUGGAUAGUAAUGAGUCUUCUUCCUUCCCCGUCUCAAGUAGCCUAACACCGUUUCAAGUUUUUAAGUUAGGUUGGAAUCGAGAACUUUAGAUUCUGAGACAAUGACAACUACGAGUAGGAGAUUUUCUCAAUACUGCGUAUUGCUCACGCGUGAACCAGCGUCAUUUUGGCGGGAAAACGUGAUAGCCGUCGUCGUUCUACUACGGGUUUUAGCGAGAAUGUCGUAGUAGCGGCAACAAGUUAUCAAAUGUAAGAAGUUUUCAAUUUUACUAUCGGGAGAGGGCUUAACCUCCUUCAGUAUAAAAUAACCGUACUAACUUUUUUGGUGAGAAAAAGGUAAAAUGAAGCUUCCGGGGUGUCUUUUUUAAGGGAACACGCGCAAAAACUUUAAGUUAUAUCUCAUACUCAAAUCUAAAGCUCUCUAAUGUUUCGUAGGCUAUCAUGCUAUUACAUCGCCAAGAAGGACUUAGUCGCCAAACGUGUGAGAAAGUCAAUCGGACCAUGAUGGCUGAAUUGAAUAUCCCGGAUCCACCUUCUGCGCAUGGCUCGACCCAGGCUAAGCAGUAUUUACGCGCUGCUCUGCAGCUGUCACACACAAUGAGGGUAUAUGAAGUGUCUUUUGUGGCCGAACUGAUGGCUCAGUUUAUCGAUGGAGAUGAGGAGAUCAGGUAUGUUUUAAAAUGACAAAUGAUAUCCGAAUUCUGAUUGGCUUUUCAGGGAUUGCCUGUUUUUGUUUAGAAAAGUAGAUCUAUUAUCGUGGGAAUUUUGGCUGGCGUUGUGUAGUUAGCACGCUUCAGCAUCAGUCACCAUUUUCACCAAGACCAUAAUGCACCUUGCAGCAGUGAGAACUUCCUUGGGGCAAUGAAUGGUUAUCGUUUGGCGAUGUUUCGGGGAAACCUGGGACUUUUCAUUCACUUUUUGCAUAUUUCCCGCUUUGCAGGAAUUUUGUACGGGAGUUGUUAGCCUCGAUCGGAGUCCCAGAUACAGCAAAUUACUUUGCAAAAGAAUUGGAUUUAUUCGAUACCACGGUACGUUUAUUUUUUGUGGUUGUAGGUUUUGCAUGCGUAUUAUGCUCAUGAGUGUACCCUGAGCACACUCAUGUUUUGCUCCCUGUCCAGCGGUAUGUUGUUUUGGCGCAUGCGCAGGCGAUGUGUCUAUAUUUUGUUUGCGUUGUACUCGAAGCUUUGUUUUUCCUUGUUUCGGUAAAAAAACUGGAUGACCAAGAAAUGUGCUACCCAUACGAAUCUAUUUAUUAAUUGAAUGCGAUUUUCGUUAAGAUAUUGUAAGAUCUGGAGGCAACACCAAACACAUUUAAAAACCAUGUUCAAGUUGUCACAAGUUACCUAGGGCCAUGUGGCCCGAUUACAUUUGGACCACAUAUCCUCUUCAAAUGAACUUUGGAAGUCAGUUUACGGUUUGCUCCCUUUUACAAAUUUUAGGGUAUUCCUGAAAACAGAAGAAAGGCGCGUGUAAAAGACAUGUGUGUUCAGUGGCUUAACAAAUGGCUUGCUCAGUUCAGGGAACAUAUCCGUUCCCUGGCAGGAAAGAUCAGCCGCGCACAGGCUGGAAGUGUCGUCAAGUAAGACUGAUUUUUUUGGUUGUUAUUAUUAUGCGAACGCUACAGAUCAUUGUGCGUUACCACGCUAGUUCACGGGCACGUCCACUUACAUUGCACCGGUGACAAGAACUGACAAACUCGUUCUUCAAUCCGCAUAUCUUCAUAACAUGUACAAUUGUUCUUCUCAUUAGUUAACAUCUUAUGCCCUAAAGGAGAUGUUACAAGAUACGAUUUGCAACGACGAUUUUUAGCGCAACAUAGCGUUGCAAUGUUUGAACAAUGUUGUAACUAUUUCAAACAAUGUCGUAACAAUGUUGCAACGCUGUGUUGCGCUAAAAAUCGUUGUUGCGAAUCAUCUCGUGUAACAUCACCUUAAGAGAGAUCAGCAUCAAAUUUCUCCUUUCUGUAUUUAAGCUUUGUAAAACACAGUGGUCACGAAAUUAAAGGCUUUCUCCCCAUUAUGUCUCAGGAAUGGCCAGGGGUAACAAAUGAGAAUUUAUAUUUUGAUUCCUGCUUUUUGUACUCCUGUUAUACAGAGGAACCAAGACUCCAAGGACGCCUAGUUCAAUCAAGGGUAUCUUAAAAACUGAUAGAGGAGGCCCGGAGGUGGGUUUUUCAAUUAACCUUUAAAACUCAUUCAAUUGGCGAAUUAACUUCUACCAAUCUCUCUCCUUUUUUUCUCUUUGAUCUCUGGUUUGUUUCGGAACUUUCAUGCCUGAAAUUUUGUUUGUUUUUGUAUUAACAGAGGACGGCAUCAGUAACAUCCAAACCGUCAAGCAGUAAGUCUUAUUUUUCUUUCCUUUGUCAUUGUAGUUGCUUCGUUUCAUUACAUCUCCCGAGAGGCAGCGUGGGUGAGUGGUCCGCGCGUCGGACUCGGGGUUUGAGUUCCCCUUGGACUGCUGGCUACAAUCCCGGUCAUAUUUUGUUGAAACACUUCCGGAAAGCACAAGAUAAUCAGAGUGGUUUCACCAAUACAUGUUUCCCUUCCCCCAAUGUUGGUUUCAUGGGUUUGCUUGGGCAUAAAGUCGUCUGCAAAAUCAACAUUGAAGGGGAAGGGGGCGCAGAAAUCGGCAACCGUUUCAAUAAUUAUAACUGGGAAUGUAGAAUUGUUUCUCGGUCGUCGCGAGUUCAACUCUUCGACCAUACUUGUAAAUAACUAGCUGCUUUCCCUCCUAUCAGUUGGGGUUUUUAAUCGUGUCGUGCUUUGAUUUUUUCAUGACUCUCAGAGUGCAGUACAAUAAAAGGCGGCGAGUAAGAACCUUCGUUUUCCCAAGUUAGGCUAGACAGGCUCUUGCAUAAAUGGUAAUUAGUACAAACCUAGGCUAUUUAUAGCUUCUUCAUUUACAUUGCAGUUUGAGUGAUAAGGCUCUUUAUCCUCCAAAGAGGAUCCCAAGUCUAGAGAAUUUUUUUUAAAAUAGAUUUUAGAAAGUGAGUAAAGGCUAAACAGGUUCUUUAUAGAGGGGGCCUAACUGGCAAAUUUUAGCCCAACAGCUUCUGAAAAACCAGGUUUUUACUAGCGGGUUUUUACUUUAUUCUUUAAGUAGAUUACCUGGACACUAGCUAGAGAAGCUAUAUGCAUCUCCGGUUUCAAAAAAAUAGGUUUCAUUCAAUUACCAACUCACCCGUUCCACCUGUCCCUUUUAGUCUCAUUUGAUGUCGAGGCUCUGGGAGGCAAAGCCGCUGACACAGCAACGCCAGCAGAAGCGAUCAACUACUUCUGUGAGAUCAGAAUGGAGGAGGAACUGGAACGAGCACGCUUGCGGACUCGAGAAAAGACUCCCGUUCAGGUUCAGGACAAUUCCAGAAACACGGUUCUUGUUCUUCCAAAGAUACACAGGUAGGUGUCCUUCUUUCGGCGAUUAGCGAUUAAUUAGCCGCGUUUUGCGAUAGCCGUGAUCACGGCAAUGCAUUGAGGCUUCCUUCAGACUCCUUUUCAAGUGCAUAGGAUUCUAGUUUGAGCUCCUAGUAAUCAGAGAUAAAAAAAAUUGCUUAUUACAAUAAAAAAAAAAGUUUCGUAAAUUUUUGUUCCCCUGUUAAACGGUUAAGGAAAGGAUCACUUCUGCUUUAGGAACUUAAUAAGGUGUCGCGAAAGUUACAGAAGAAUUGAAAGGUAAUUAAUUUUUUCUUGAGUUUGGGAACAAUUUGGCUUCUAGGCUUCUUUUGCCUAAACACACCGGUAAAUUCCACUGAAAACGUUUUUUUUUGUUUGAUUUUUCUUUUAUUUUCAGAAACAAUCUCAUUGUUUACGUUUUGCUGGGUAUGACGGACUAAAACGUAUAUAAGUUGUGGUUCAAUUUUAUUCUUGGUAUGGUAAUGUAUGAUAAUGAGUUUAAAACAAAGGGAAAUAAAAUUUAAACCAAGGAUAAAAAUGAACCACAACGUAUAUACCCUUUUGUUUUUUCAGUAAGCGUAGCCUAGCUCGUUUGGGAGAAACACACUGCAGCCAUUGCCACCCAGAAAGAGAAACAUCUCUUGCGCUAGGUAAGUCUAAGUAAGGCCUGAUAUGAGAUUUCUCUGCCAAUAAAUCGAAAUUUUACUUACGGAUACCUUUCUAUUACGGACACUGGUUCUCUUGGUCCCAGGAAUAGAUACCUUUAGAUUCGAGGACAAAGACGAGUUUUAACCCUUUUUUUUUCGCGUAAUUUCCAGGAAUCGAAACCCCGCGGAAAGCUUCACCGUACUUUUUUCUUUAACAGAGAAGUUAGCAAGGUUAUUGUUUUUGAAGGUGGUUAAGCCCUCUUCUGAUCGCAAAUUGAUACUACGACAUUCUCGCUAAAACCCGAAGAAGAAUAACGACGGCUAUCCCUUUUUCCCGCCAAAAUGACGCUGGUUUACGCGCGCACUACUUAGUAUUGAGAAAAUCUUGUACUUGUAGUCGUCCUCUUCUUAGAUUCUGAAAGUCUCUUGCACCAAUAUAUCCUUACCUCUGUAAUACAUGCACCUCUAUAAUGCAGACGCUUCACUUACAGUCGUGGAGUCAAAAUUAACCAAGUUUUUGCUCUCACAUCGUGUUUAUGCCAUCUAGUUCUACAAAAUCGAAAUGAUUCGACCGAAAUGGGCCAUCCGCAGCCCCUGCCUCCCUACAUAAUUCGACAUUUAUUGGGCAGGUCGCCUGGUGUGUCCUAAGCUUAAUGUACCUAUACCGACUAUGCACGAGAUGCAACUUAAAGGAGCUGUGUCAAGAAAUUUUUCAAAAUCCAAACAGUGGAAACUGCCACCAAAUUGAGUGAAACAAAAAUAUCUGCUCAAAAUGUUGAAAGAAUGUAUGGAUAACACAACAAAUACAAAAGGAGGAACGGAUAGACAAACUUAAAAAAAGAUUGAAACGGAUUGCAAUCGUGGUUUUAGUAAACUUGUUAGCCUAGCAGGUUUUCAAAGUUCAUUUUUGUUGUUUGUAACGUUUCAAAUAAUGUUUGGGAGGUAUAUUUGUUUUACACAAAGCUGUAAUAUAUUCGUUCUUAAUAUAUUUCUAAAUUUUCGUAGUGGUAGUGAAUAAGACGAAUAAUUGGCAUUACAAACAAAAUGAAAUUGCCAGCCGUGACACAAACCCUUGAAGUUUCUUACCCAGAUUUAAAUCCAAAUUUACUUUUCUGGCACCUAAAUUGUCAAACAGCUGGCAGCAGAAGAAAGGUUUUGCGAAGGCAAGAAAAAAAUUUCUGCGAAACAGCGCCGAAAUCGUUGAUCUUUUCCCCCACCUGUGUACCAGGAUUUGAGUAGGUGCCAUGAUUCACCAUUUUUAAAAAAACCAUCGUCAAUUUGCCAAUCAGGUUGAAGAGAAAAUCGAAACGCAUUUCCAGUAAUUCGUUGAGUCCGUGAGGGGCCCAGAACAAGGAUAUCGGCGAUGCUAACCGGCAGUGCCGGAUCCAGACGCUGAGAUAAGGGAGGACCCGGUCUCCAAAAUUUUUUUUCGGCCCUUCGGGCCUUAGUUUGAUCUAAAAAUGAGGGGGACCACCGGGCCCCUCCCCUGGAUCCGCCACUGACCGGUAUUACUUUACGUCUGCGACUGGAGCACAUAAUACUUACCUGCAAAGCCUCAUGUUUUCGUUCUUUAUUUCAGCUUUUCCGCUGCCUACAAUUUACCAAACGCGUCGCAGCGUGGUGUUAAACAACAUGGUGCUUCAUCUAAAAACCCUAACUCUGAAUCCAUUUCCCGACGAAGCCGAUGAAGCAAUUUACGAACCAGCCAAGCAUUCUCAACUGCUGACUCUCCGUUCCUCGCAGAAGUAUUUUUUUCCGAGCCAGUCAUAUGUUGAGACAGCUUCUGAAACUGAAAGCCUCUCUGAACAGAUUAGAAAGGUUCUGCUAUAGCCGGGCAAAAAAAGAAAAGAUUCUGCUUAUAAAAUGGCGGCGACUGUGAAGUUGUCCAGGGACGGUUUACGUCGUUCUGUCAAAUGAGAGCAAAACCUUAAGGGCGUCGCUCACUGGCGUUCACUUGGAUGGCCACACUUGACGUUCAGGGACGGAUUCAAUAUGUAAACCACGGUAGACGGUUUUUGUUUGUAUAACUCUAGAAUCUCUGCAUAGAGACUAGUGAGAUUAUUAACAGCAAGAGCAAAGAGCCCUCGCGUUUGGCGUGCGACGGACAGUAUAUUUUGCAGUCUUGUCAGUGACCCAUACUUAUCUGUUCUAGGUGAAAGAAAAAUUAUCUAUGGUUUACCCUCAAUAUUUAACAGUAUAUUUUGCAGACUUGUCAGUGACCCAAACUUGUCUGCUGUGGACGAAAGAAUAAUUAGCUAUCGUUUCCCCUCAAUAUUCAAUGUUGCUAAAGGAUGUUUUUCAGUUAUAAAAGGAUUCAUUUGUAAAUAUGAAUAGAAUGUACA